CCGCCGGAGCCGGAGCACGCGCUGCGCAGGGUACCCGGGUCCCGGGCGGGGGUGGGGUGGCGGGAGCUGGAGCCGCUGAGGCCGGAGGGCCGAGCGCGCACCACCGCGUGGAUACCCCCUCCUGGAGCAGCCUCCUGGGACCUGAGCACCAAGAGAUGAGCUUCCUAGAGCAAGGAGAUAACACUUCAUGGCCGUCACCAGCCAUGACCACCAGCUCAGAAAGAAGCCAUGGGGAACAGGGGACCAAGGCCUCAAGAUGGACAAGGCAGGAGGAUCUAGAGGAAGGGGAGCCACCAGGCCUGGGGGAAGGUCUCCAGUCCAGGCCAGCUGCUGAGUCCACCGGGCUGGAGGCCACAUUCCCCAAGGCCACACCCUGGACCCAAGCUGCUCCCUUGGCUGGGGUGGGCUCCCCCACAGCAGAGCGGGACAUCCUCCCCCCUGACUGUGCAGCCUCAGCCUCCGGCUCCAGCACAGACGAUCUGGAUGUGGGCAUAGAGUUCUCAGCCACAGCAGCCUGGGGCGAUGAGCUCGGCCUGGUGGAAGAGAGGCCGGCCCCAUGCCCGUCCCCACAGGCACUGUUACCCAGGCUGGGCUGGGACGAUGAGCUGCGGAAGCCAGGGGCCCAGGUCUACGUGCACUUCAUGCAGGAGCACACCUGCUACGAUGCCAUGGCAACCAGCUCCAAGAUAGUCAUCUUCGACACCAUGCUGCAGAUCAAGAAGGCCUUCUUUGCCCUGGUGGCCAAUGGCGUCCGGGCGGCACCUCUGUGGGACAGCAAGAAGCAGAGCUUUGUGGGGAUGCUGACCAUCACAGACUUCAUCUUGGUGCUGCACCGCUAUUACAGGUCCCCCCUGGUCCAGAUCUAUGAGAUUGAAGAACAUAAGAUUGAGACCUGGAGGGAGAUCUACCUUCAAGGCUCCUUCAAGCCUCUGGUCUCCAUCUCUCCCAGUGACAGCCUGUUCGAAGCCAUCUAUACCCUCAUCAAGAACCGGAUCCACCGCCUGCCGGUCCUGGACCCAGUCUCAGGCACUGUGCUCCACAUCCUCACACACAAGCGGCUGCUCAAGUUCCUGCACAUCUUUGGCACCCUGCUGCCCGGGCCCUCCUUCCUCUCCUGCACCAUCCAAGAUGUGGGCAUCGGCACGUUCCGAGACUUGGCCAUGGUGCUAGAAACGGCACCCAUCCUGACCGCACUGGACAUCUUUGUGGACCGGCGCGUGUCUGCACUGCCUGUGGUCAACGAAGCUGGACAGGUCGUGGGCCUCUACUCCCGCUUUGAUGUGAUUCACCUGGCAGCCCAACAAACAUACAACCACCUGGAUGUGAGUGUGGGAGAAGCACUGAGGCAGAGGACACUGUGUCUGGAGAAAGUCGUUUCCUGCCAGCCCCACGAGACCUUGGGGGAAGUCAUCGACCGGAUUGUCCAGGAGCAGGUGCACCGGCUGGUGCUCGUGGAUGAGACCCAGCACCUCCUGGGUGUGGUGUCCCUCUCCGACAUCCUUCAGGCUCUGGUGCUGAGCCCUGCUGGCAUCGAUGCCCUCGGGGCAUGAGAACAUCAGAGUCUUCACUCUUAGGCCACCUUCCACACCCGGAAGCCAGCGAAGGGAGCCGGGGACUCAGCCUUCAUCUCCCCCCACCCCCCAUUUGCUGGUUCGGCUCUUGUUCAGGUAGGCUCUGCCCUGGGCCAUUGACCUCAGCUCCAGCCCCUCAGUCUCCCUGGGCACCCAGAUCUCAGAUUGGGGCCCCCUUGUGGAUGGAAGUGGCCCAGUUCAGAGCUGAGCAGCCUCGUGAAAACUACAAGUGUCAGGACUCACUGCGGGGCCACUGCUUUGUCCCAUUCUCAGCUGAGGUGAUGGAGGCCCUCAUAGGAGGGGUGGACAGGGGCUGGAGUAAAGGCAAGACAGUGAUGUGACUUCAGGGGCUCCCAGGAGAUUGACCUGCCCUUUCACAAGUCAAUUCCCACCUGCUUGGACUUCCACUGGAAGGAAGCCAGUUACUAAACCUGGAUUGAAUGGAAUUUCCACACUCG